AUGCCCAACUGGAAGACCUAUGAAUCGUCCGUCCGCCUGCUCUCUGCCAUCGUUGCAGCUCAUCCUGGAUUAAAGCUUAACUAUGACGACAUCGGCAAGAUCUACGGCGGAGGUACCACGUACAAAGCUGUGUGGGGUCGGAUGAAGGUGAUCAACGAUAAUGCCAAAGCCUUACGAGCUGCAUUUGAUGCAGGCCGCGAUACCACCGAGAUCGUGAUCAGCGAAACUGAUCUUCUUAUUGAUUUUUCCGGCCCAGAUAUCGCUGCCAGAUUUGGUGGAGAUUGCACCAAGUCUGCAGUUGAGAACAGAUUUCGCCGAGUCAAGUCAGAUGCAAAAUUGAUCAAUGAUGCUGUCAAGAAUGGCGUUGAUCCAAUCACUAUCAACGUUGGAGACACGAGUGGGGAGGCUGCCAUGAGUGGCAACGGCUCUUCUGCUUGCUUCGGUAGUAAUGUUACCAAGAGCGGCUUGACGCAUUGUUUUCACCGAAAUAUCCAGCCUAAUGUCAAGCUCAUCCGAGAUGCUCGCAAGCAAAGUGUUGACCCCAAGGACAUCACUAUGAGUUGUUUAUUGAUGAUGAUGGCAGAGAUUGUGAAGUUCUAUGGCAGUGAAUGCACCAGGAGUGCGUUUGAGAACCAUUACAAGCGCGAUCUGGCUCCCAACAUCAAGGCUCUCAAGCAGGCCGUGGGCGAUGGACGAGAUCCCAAGGACGUAGUCCUAAUGGAGAACCUGCUUAUUGACUUUGUCACAGAUAUCUCGAGCAUCAUGGGAAGCGAUACCACUCCAAAUGGGAUCCGAUUCCAGUUCACAGAUCGUUUCAAGCCCAUCGGAAAGCUUCAGCUGGAGAUGAAGGCCAACGGUCGGGAUGCUAAAGAUAUCGAUCUUGACAGUGUCAAGGGCAAACAGAAGGGUCAGAUGGCUGCAUUAUAUUGUAUUUGUUUCCUUUACAGCACGCUUUCCUUCUGUUAA